UUGUUGGGCCCUCGCAGAUCCACACACAUGCGGAUCCCCCCUGUUUUCUUUUGGACCACAACAAUCGGAGAAACCCAUGGAGAAGAGUCAAUCUUUUCAAUCACACAUGCAUGCAAAAGUCGUUCCAGUUCCGUAGAAACAGCAUCUCUCACAGAGAAAGGUAAGUGACACAGUUUGUGUCUGACAGGAGGUACAGAUUCAGAAAUGUUAACCUUGUGUGUAAAAGUUUUUACACAGCCCAAUGUAACAUGCUGUGAUGGAGGAGUGGAGAGGGCACAGACUGAAGCAGAUUGUGGCGGCGGCAGCACAGUGUGUGCAUCAAAUCGAAGCUGGAGUCCCUUAAUCAGGUCCAUGCCUAGCAAAGCCUUGCCAUUGUCAACGAUGAAGAAGUUUGCAGGACAGGAUGGACACUGAUGAACCAGUGUCCACUGUGAGCUGUAGAGACACAGGGAUGGCAGCAGCAGAUGCAGCAGGGCAAUUCUGUGCGUUUGCAAGAUGUCCAGCAGAGCCACAAUGAAAGCAUGUCCGAGCUGACGAAGAAGGAGCAGAAGCAGAGGGUUUUGAGUCUCAGGACUCACCAUACUCAAUGAGCGUACAGCGCAAUGUCAGAGCGCUCUGGGCAAACGGCAAAGGGGAAGGAUGGCAAAACCAAGUAUGCGUCUCUCAACCUGUUUGAUACCUACAAAGGAAAGAGCAUUGAAGCACAGAAGCCUGUUGUUGCCCCUCGUCAUGGCUUACAGUCUCUUGGUAAAGUUGCCUCUGCACGGCGCAUGCCCCCCCCUGCCAACUUGCCUAGUUUGAAGGCAGAGAACAAAGGCAACGACCCCAACGUCUCGCUCGUUCCCAAAGACGGCACAGGAUGGGCAAGCAAGCAGGAACAAGCAGACCCAAAGAGUACCGAUGUAUUGUCAGCAGCGCAGCCGGAGUCGCAGCAGCCUGUGGUCUCACAGACGUCUGCGCCGAGCAUGCCGAGAACACCCCCAGCUCAAGAGGCCCCAACUCAAGCUCUGGCCGCAGGGCCAAAGUCCUGGGCUCCGGCCAGUGUUACACUUGGAGUACAAGGAGAUGGUGGAAAGGGAUCAAACCAACCGUCGCCAUUCUCUCGCGAGGAAUUUCCCACCCUGCAGGCGGCUGGAGACCAGGACAAAGUUGGCAAAGAACAGGUCACUGCAGAUCAGUGGUAUGGGCCAGGACCAAGCCUCCGCCCCCAAAACGUAACAAGUUGGCGGGAUGGUGGGGGCCGGGCAUUGGCACCCACCCUGGCUGGGGAGGUAGUUGCGGAGGGCGGUCCUGGGGGAGUCAUGGUGAUGGAGGGUGCUGCUGGGGCCCCUCCCAUCCCACAGCAGAAUGCAGCUUCUCACGGGCCGCCUAGAACUUCCCCAUCCAGUAACCCCGCACUUCCCCUCCCCCAGCCACCUAUUGGCCCGCAGUUCCAGGCUUACAGAGGCAUCAUGCCUCCCUUCAUGUAUCCACCAUACCUGCCCUUCCCACCCCCUUAUGGUCCACAGGGACCUUACCGGUACCCAGCCCCAAAUGAGGCCCCUAGGUUUUCUCGGUCACAGGGUGGAGUAGGGCCUGAUGGGCGGCCCCCUGGAGGCCCCCGGGGUGAAGUGGUAAAACGCCCAUCCAUCCUCAAACAGGAUGAUCUGAAGGAGCUGGAUGAGCUGGAUCAUGACGGAGAUGAGGGCUGGGCUGGAGCACAGGAGGAAAUUGACUACUCUGCAAAAUUGAAGUUCAGUGAUGAUGAAGGAGAGGAUGAUGGGGAAGAGGAACGGACUGAAAGCAAGAAUGGAACCCGGGAGUCAAGGGAGCAGCAGAGAUCCCAAGAUGGACCUGCACCUGUUUCACGUUCUCGGGCAUCCAACAGUGGAGGGGAUUCGCGUCAAACCCCUCCUUCCUCUGCUGAAGAUGGCUCCACGUCCCCCUCCAGCAAGCCAGGCUGGGCCGAGGAGGGUGGAAACAGCUGGAGCAGUCAAGCAAAUGCAGGAUCUUAUCAGGACCGGCCUUCGAACCAGUCGCCAAUCUCAGGCCCCAUCCUAGCCCCCCAUAUGCCCAGUGGUGCCCAGGCACAGCAGCAGGCAGGGGCAAUGCCUGGUGGGACGACCCCUCCUCCCUCCAACACCCUGCUUCCCCAGCAACAGGGUGAGGAUGAGGAUGAGACAUGGCGGCAACGGAGGAAACAGUCAUCAACUGAGAUCUCUGCUGCGGUAGAGCGUGCCCGGCGGCGGCGUGAAGAGGAGGAGCGGAGGAUGCAGGAGGAGCGCCGUGCUGCCUGCGCAGAGAAACUGAAAAGACUUGAUGAAAAACAGCAGCAGCAACAGACUAUGAAACCCAGCAGCCCCAGUGAUGCUCCAACAAACAGCCCUAGUCCUUCCUUGUCUGCACCUGCUUCAUCUCCUAAUGUCAGUCAGCCACCAUCACCCUCUGUGGACAUUGAAGACCCUCUUCUAUCAUCCACUCAAGGAAGCGGAACAACACUAGGGUUGAAUAUUAAUAACCGACAGCGGGCUGGCAGCAACAGCAGCCAUGACUCCAGCACUGAAUCUCAGCAGGCUCUGCAGCCUCAAUCCUCCCAGCAUCCACAAAUCCUGGAUGUCCCAGUGCCUGGAGAUGCCAAGGAGGAACCUGUGGUGCAUAUCCGCACUAGAGGUGGAGAUGACACAGUGAAGGUGGUUGAAAAUGUUGGUGGAACUGGACGACAGGGAAGUGGUUCAUCUGGGCAAGGCUUUUCCAAGUAUCAAAAAUCACUUCCUCCUCGUUUUCAGAGGCAACAACAGGAGCAACUUCUCAAACAGCAGCAGCAGUGGCAGCAGCAGCAGCAGCAACAUAACCAGGUUGCCCAAAGUCAGCUCCAGUCCCAGCCUCAGAAUCAGCAGGGCCCCUCCCCUGGUGCCACACCACAGUCUGGCCCCAAACAACCAACCCUUUAUGCACCUGGCUCAAUGGGACGUCCUCCACCUCUGCCUAUGAACUUUGAUCCCCGCUGGAUGAUGAUGCCCUACAUGGAUCCCCGAAUGAUGCAGGGACGUCCCCCACCCAUGGACUACUACACAACCAGCAUGCAUCCUACUGGGAUGAUGAGUCGAGAGCGUUCUGACUCUGGUGGCUCUGGGUCAGAUCAGUUUGAUAGGCAGCAGCAUGGUGGACCCCCUCAUCCCCAUCGUGGCACACCCCCAAUGGAUCCCAAACUGGCUUGGGGACCAGAUGGUUUUCCAGGGGGUACUGAGGGUCGAGGUCUAAGCUCCCCUCUACGUCAGAAAGCUGUUGAGGAAGAGGAGGCUGGCAAAGGUCAAAGAAGUGACACUCCUCCAAUACUUAUGCGGGAGGGAGGCACAGCUCCCAUUCAGCCUCCCAGUUCUCCAUCUGGCUCAUCCAACCAAACCCCACCACCUCUUGGGAUUCAAGUUGGGGGCCAGGGUGCUAGCCACCAUGCCCAUCAUCAGCCCUUUAUGGGUGGGCGAGGAGGUUUCGGUAACUACCCUGACAAUGGAUCCAGAAUGGGCUCCCACCUGCAGCAAAGGGCCAGUAGUGGAGGGACAUUACAUGGUUUUGGCCAUCAGGAGGGUAGUCAACAGAGCCAGAUCUGGGGGACUCCUCAUCCCCAUUAUGACCGUAAUGGCCGUUCUGAUCACUCGGCCUUGGAGACCAACUCUCAUCUCCAACACCAUGGUCCUCCUGCUCAUGCCCCUCAUUUCUCCCUUCAUCCUCAUAAGCAAGAGAAUGGCAGAGAGCGAGAAAAAAGGGGGGAGCCAAAAAAGAGUGACCCUUCACCUCCACUCCAUCAGCUGUCCCUUUCCCCUUCCUGUUCAUCAUCAUCAUCUUCCUCAGCUAGAGAAGAUGGUAGUGGAAAACAGUCACUACAUAAUCAGGUACCACCACCGAGUGAACAUAAUACUGGAUCUGCUCAUGCUUCAGGAAGGAAACAGGAGAAGAUGGGAAAUAUGCAAAAUCAGCCUCCACAGCAUUCUCUGCAGCAGCACCACCACCCUAAAUCCAACCCUCGCAGUCGGGAGCACAAAACUGAGACACACUGGGGCCCGAGGCCUGGUAGCAGUAGUGCAAGUGGGGGCCCAAAUCAUAACAGAAAGGCUCCAGGCUCUGGAAUAAGUGGAAAUACUGAAGAAUCUGCAAAUCAGGGGCCUGAGAACAAAUCCUUUACUCACUCAGAUGGCACCACAGUUAAGCGGGCAGGUCCUAUUAAGAAACCAGUACUUAAAGAGAUGAAAAGAGAGGGUGGUGAAGGAGGAGGAGAAAAGACUACUGGAGUCUCUGGUAAAGAUAAAGAACUAGAUGCUAGCCAGACUGCAACCAAACAAGAAACGGCCUCUGGGGCCCAAGCAGCUUCAGCACUCGGUGGGAAAGAAGAUGCAGCCUCAUCAAAUAAACCCAGAACUGGUGGAAAGGAGCGAGGUAACCCUGGGGGUACAGGUAAAGGAUUCAAAAAUGGAGAAAGCUCUAUCCAGAAUUCUGGCUCUUCAGCUCCCCAGUCCAGGAGGGAAAGAGAGCAUUCUGCUGAAAGAGGAAGCACAAUUUACCAUGCAUCUUCAUCCAGAGGGAGCCGAUCCAACCGUGGUCGAGGAGAAUUCUACGGCCGAGGCCGGGGUUACAGGGGCACUUACACUGGUAGUGUAGGUGGUGGCAGCCGUGGGAAAGCAGGAGGCAGGAACAGCAGGGAUUAUAGAUCAGCUAACAACAGUGGCUACCACCAUGCACCUUCUAAUCAAGAAUACAAGCGAGAGGCAUCCUCUGGUAGUGGUAGACAUGGACAUGGGGGCUCUCACCCGAAUCCGGGGCGUGCUAGAAACCGAAGUGAGACUCGAAGUGAAGGCUCUGAAUAUGAAGAGGUGCCAAAGAGGAGGAGACAACGGGGAUCUGAAACAGGCAGCGAUAGUGCUGGGAGUGACCUUGCUCACUCUGACAAGGAAGACCGCAAGUCAAACACCAAGACUGGUAUCGGAGGAGAGAACCCUACAACAGGUUCUUCUUCAGCUCCAAUCAGAAACUCCCAGACAAGAGUGUUCACACCAAGGGGAGUGCCAUCUAGACGUGGCAGAGGUGGUGGUGGUGGAGGUGGAGGUGCUGGAGGAGGUCUCCACAGAAGUGGAGGCAGUGCAGGAGCAUCUGGUGGACACAGAUCUGGACCUGGCUCCGCUUCUCAUGGCUGGUCUGCAAAAUCUGCAACUGUGCGAAAGCAUCUGACAUCCUCACAGCCACCCCUUCCUAAAGAUACAGGCCGUGGAGCCAAUAAUGACAAGAAGAAAGCUGCAGACCAGAAUCCGUCUCAGAGUCACAGUGCAAAUCCCUCCGCACCUAAUUCCUCUGUGCCUACAGCUAUCCAACAGGGCUCCACCGAGAAUGGAAGUGCUGGAGCCCCACUGUCCUCAAGUAAUGUUCCAUCAAAUGCCUCUGGCACUCCUAUCCAGACUCUUCCUCUGUCUGCCCCUGACGGACGAAGUUUCCCUAACAGGGGAUUUGAGCGCCCCCCUCGUCGCAGACGGCACGGACGAUCUCAGCAUCAGCAGGACAAACCUCCCAGAUUCCGCAGACUUAAACAAGAGCGAGAGAAUGCAGCCCGUAUAAAUGGAAGCAGUGGAAUUAUUGAAGUCGUAGCUGGACAACAGCAGCAGCCUUCUUCACCGUUGCAGAAUUCCCUGCAAGAAACCAAUAGCACUCCCAAUGCACCUACCGCAGCUGUUGCAAAUGCAAACCACAGUGUGUCUGCAACUUCUAACAAUAAUAAGAAUAGCAGCAACCUUGGGGGUGGAAACCAAAAUUUCAACAGCCACCACCACCAUCACUACCAGGGCAGCUCCCAGUCGCACACUCAACACCAUCACAACCAUAACCCAGCUGGGGGUGCCAAAUCUCCAGACGUCUCUAACCAGAACUCUGAUCAGGCCAACGAGGAAUGGGAAACAGCCUCCGAAAGCAGCGAUUUCACAGAGUUUCGGGAAAGAGAGGGUGGAGGAGGUGGUAAACCCUAUUCCUUCCACCACCACCAUCACCAUCACCACCAUCCAUCAGGAAGAGGUGGUGGUGGUGGCGAGAGAGAGAUGACCGCUAAAGAAUUGGCCACCAACAAGAGAAGCUUCUCCAGUCAGCGGCCUGGAAUGGAGAGGCAGAACAGAAGGGUUAAUGUCGGUGGUGGUGGUGGAGGAGGAGGAGGAGGAAGAGGCCCCAGGGGUCCACCUGGCGCUGGUGGGGCGUUCGGUGGAGCUGGCAAUGGUGGGGGAAAUCGUGGUGAGAGGCGUGGCAACUGGCCCUCUCCUAAGAAUAGGAAGUGAUGUUUUGGUUUUUUUUUAUUUGGAAAUUUUUCAAAUGCAUCCCUCUAUCAUUGGCCACUCUUUUCUGUAAAACAUCUUCCCCCUUAACAUGUUAAUACUUUAUUAUCAUAAAAGAUUAGUUAAGACCAUGAACACAUUCUAGUUCUUUUGGUUUAUAGCUUUUUGUCCCUUACUUAGAAAUUCACACUGUCCUUUCACACUCCCACAAAUCCUGAGAUUUUACAUAUUACACCCCAUUUUUAAUGGAAAUAUAUCCUGACUAAAAAUGCAUUUGACCAUAUGGCCCAUUUAUGUUUGCAUAUACAAGCAUAAAAUGACCAAUCAACCUAACAAAGAUGUGCUUAGUUUGUGUAUACUGGGCACGUUACGUGUACUUGUGUAAGAACUUGUGGCUUGAAGUAUAUAUGAAAGGCCAAGGUUGAUAUUAUGUACUUGUGUAUUCACAUCACAUGUUGGAUUGUGGAAGUUGCUCUUUUAAUGAGAACAAAUUUAUCAUAUUUGUUUCCCCCCUUCUUGUGUUAUUUUUCCAUUUUCAACCUCUUAAAAGGUGAGGAUAUAUAUAUUUUUUUCUAAUUCUUCUGCAAAGCAGAUCAUUAAAAUGCAUUUUUUAAAAUAUAACCCUCUUAAUUUUUGGUUCAAACUCACAUAUUACUGUGCCCACCAAGUAUAACACCAAUGCUCAGUCUUUUUUUUUUUUUUUUUGAAUAUCACUGUAGUGCCCACUUUUCAGAAUUAUGUGGUGUAUUUUUUUCUUUUCUUGUUAAGUUGUAGGCUCUCUCUGCUCAUUGCUUUGCAUUGGUUUUCAAAUAGUUUCAUUAGCUGUUUUGGCCUCCGCAUGGAAUUGUAGUCUAAUAGUGCACAUUAGACGUGUUUAUAUUAUUAGAUGGUGAUCUUAAUUGAAGGUCCUUCAGAGGUUUUCUAAUGUUUUUUUCAUAGUUUGUUUUUAGAGAACAUCCGUUAAAAGAUUUUUUGUCUUGCACGUAUAUUAAGCCAGUAAACUCCAAAAAUCUCCUCUAGGAUAAAAAUUGUUCAAUGUGCUUUUUUUUCUCCUCCAAAUGAAUGGCUAUAUAUUGGGCAUCUUAUUUGACUAGGUGUCAUACUGCAGUUCCAGGUUAUUGAACAUGAUUAGUAUUGUGCUACUGUUAUAUUCACUUACCAGUUUUAGGGAGUCUAGAGAUUCACCCCGUUUUUUUACUGUAACCUAGAAAAGCUCUCAGUCCAGUGUGUAUUUCCAAAGUCCCCCAGAAAAUGUCUCGAAACUAUGAGCAACUGUCUUACAUCCUCGGACUGAUCUUCAAUAUACCAGUCAUCUCAUUGAGACUUAAGUCAAUGCCAAGGAGUCUGUGGCCCUUUUUGAGUAGUGUUACAAAAUGAGACAUUUGUUCAAUGUGCAAUAUGCCUGACGUCAAACAAAACCUGCCCAUCCAGGGAGCCUGAGCCCAGGUUAACAAGAAACCGCAAAUGCUUGACGUCUAAAAAGAAACGGAUCAAAGCAUUGUUCCCUCCUCAUUUUGACCAGCAUCUGUAUCCUAAUGGUGUAAGUUGGGGUUUGUUUGUUUUCUGGGAAUGCCUUGGUCUAAUGAAUAGCUUUGAAAUAAUAAGUAGGGCUUUCAAAUGACGUGUAUGUGUGAGUAGGGCAUUUAAAAAGUAUGUGUGAAUUUAUAUCGGAUCUCUACAUGUAAUGUGUUCUUUUGAGGAUAGGACGCUUUGUGAAAGGCGAACAUGAGUCCCAAUUGCCCACCUUUUCUGACACUAUUAGGAUGUUUAUUUUAUCUAGGAUCGUGUGUACAUGUUAAUCCAAAUGAAGUGCAGUGGAAAAAAUCUUAAAAUCGAUAUAUAUAUAUAUAUAUAUAUAUAUAUAUAUAUAUAUAAUUUUCUACCUAAUAAGGAAAACAACUAAAAUGGAUUUAUUUGACUUCUCUAGAACAUGUUUUACCAAGCAUGGUUUCGUCCUCAGAAACAGCUCUGUUGGUCUGUUCAUUAGAAGCUGUUCUCCCAUCGGCUUCCAGUGCUGUUUAUCACCCCUCUUAAACCUAAACCAUUGGUGUGGUCACAUUAUAUGUACCAAUAUUGAAUAGAAAUGUGUAUUCCUUGAAAUACUCAGAGAUUGUAUUAUACUUCUAACUAUACCAAGGUACCCGAGGUUAUUAUUGAAACCUUGAUAUACACACAUGUAUGUAUAUUGGUAUGCAUCUGAGUUUGUCCGCCCCAACUUACAUUCCCACACAGGUGUUGCUAUUUUUAAGUUCAAGGGAGCAAUGUACAAGCAGAGAAGUGUCUUAUUAUAAUAAUAAAAAAGUAUACAGAGAAAAAGUUAAAUAAAAAUCUUUUGUUUUAAUGGAA